AGUUCUUAGUUAUUUAGUUUAAGGUUCUUCCAUAUUCCCAAUUCAGAGUUUGGUUUCAAUGCUGCAGCAAGCAGCUCCAAAGUCUGGUUUGAAUUUUGAAUGCAUUAGCCUUCCUUCAAUGACACAGAUGCCAGAGCACUACAACCUCACCCGCUUAGACCAGCUUUAACUUUAUUUCUUCUUGUUUUGAGGAAUGGACUCAGCUGGAAGUGCAAUGGGCUUGUGACUUACUUUCACUUUUUCUCCAUACUCGGACAGUGUGAAACCGCGAAGCCACCCACUUUCAGAGCAUUUUUGUCCUUUGCUCGAGGCAUAAGGAAAGAGACAGGUGCAGUGAGACUUGAUUGGAGUUUUUUGAGGUGGCCGAAAUCCAAUUCUACUGGCCAGUACAUCUCUCCUGGGCUUGCUGUUCGUGCUUCUUUUCUAUGUUUUCCAGAAGCGAAAGCGAUCAAAGCAAGCACUUUUGCCACCAGCUUCUGGAUUUUGCCUUCCAGCCAUUUUGUAUCAUUUUGUUGUGAUUCUGCCUCUUUUGCACGGUGAUCAGAGCUUGUUCUGUUUGUCAAGCAAAGGAUGGCAUUUUUAACCUGGACCUGCUCGGCCUGUUCAACGGACAGACUGGACCGAUCUUCAUGGGAGUUUGUGGGAAGGUGGUCAAUGUCUCCUCCAGUGAGAACAUCAAGGUUGGAGAAGGCUAUGGAAAGCUGUGGGCUGGCAAAGAUGCCACCUAUGCGUUGGCCGUCCUCUCACUGAAGCCGGAAGAUGCCAACAAGUUGGACUUCACCCUGGAGCAAUUUACUGAUGAGCAGCGCACUGCGCUCGCUGGCUGGUACAAACACUUCACUGCAAGGUAUCCAGUCGUUGGAAGACUUCAAGAGUACGAUGGGUGGGACUUCUCUGCCAUCGAAAAGGAGGCAGAAAAGCAAAGACCGUUUGGUCUGAAGGAAGACCAAGCAGAGAAGAAGGAAGACCAAGCAGGAAAGAUAGAGAGUUCGGAGGAACCUGUGAUGUUGAGAGCUGGCGACAAGGUAAAGUUGCAUGGCUUAGAUGAUGAGAAGCUGAAUGGCAAGAUCGGAGUUUUGCGUACGCUUGUGGCAAGCACUGGAAAAUUUGCCAUCGAGCUUGAUGGCAAUGACGGCACAGUUCAAGUGAAGCCGAGCAAUCUCUCCAAAGUGUAGCACAAAUCUAUCCAAAGUGGUCAAGCUCCAGGACUCCAGGUUCAACUUGGUGCAAGCUGUCUUGACAAAACUUGUUUCAUGCAGCUUGUUGCUGCUUGCACGUGUUCUGUGUGAGUC